AUGGAGCCCUCGAGCAAGAUGGAGUUCUUCCAGAAGCUGGGCUACAGCCGGGAGGACGUGGUCAGGGUGCUGGGCAAGCUGGGCGCGGACGCCCUGGUCAACGACGUGCUGCAGGAGCUGAUCCAGACGGGCAGCCGGCCCAGCGCGCACGAGGGCAGUGCCGCACCCCUGCUCGUGCCCAGGGGCUCCUGCGGGGCGCCGGACUCUGCCCAGUGCGGGCUGGGAGCGGACCCCGGAGAGGACAGCGGAGGCCCCGCCAGCUCCUUGAGACCCAUAGUGAUCGACGGCAGCAACGUGGCCAUGAGCCAUGGGAAUAAAGAAGUCUUCUCUUGCCGGGGAAUCCAGCUGGCCGUGGACUGGUUUAGGGACAGAGGACACAGCUGCAUCAAGGUUUUUGUCCCCUCCUGGAGGAAAGAGCCACCGAGGCCUGACUCCCCGAUUAGAGAGCAGCACGUGCUGGAGGAGCUGGAGAGGCAAGCGGUGCUGGUGUACACGCCGUCCCGCAAGGUGAGCGGCAGGCGCGUGGUGUGCUAUGACGACCGCUACAUCGUGAAGCUGGCCUACGAGCAGGACGGCGUCAUCGUCUCCAACGACAACUACCGCGACCUGCAGAGUGAGAACCCCGAGUGGAAGUGGUUCAUCGAGCAGAGGCUGCUUAUGUUCUCCUUCGUCAACGAUCGGUUCAUGCCUCCUGAUGACCCCCUGGGCCGUCGGGGACCCACCUUGAGCAACUUUCUGAGCAGGAAGCCAAAGCCCCCAGAGCCGUCCUGGCAGCACUGCCCCUACGGCAAGAAAUGCACCUACGGCAUCAAGUGCAAGUUCUACCACCCGGAGAGGCCGCACCAGGCGCAGCUGGCGGUGGCCGACGAGCUCCGCGCUCAAACGCGGGCCUGGCGGGGCGCGGGCGGCGAGGAGGAGCGGCGGGGGAGCGCGCACGCGGCCAGCCUGGCGGAGCAGGACGGCUCCCGGGACGCCCUUGCCGCCCGUCCCGGCCCCCGGGAGCCUGGCACGCGCAGCCUGCCCCCCGCGCGGCGGUCGGCGGGCGUGGCGACUCUCGAAAGCAGCUUCUCGCGGCUCUUCCUGAGCGACGACCCAGGGCUUCUCCGGGUACCCCCUCGGGGUCCCGGCUGUGGCUUCGCGCCCAGGCCGCGCGGUCCCAAUUGGGUGGCACCCGGGUCCUUGUCGCCCCUGCCAGCCCCACCCGGCCUCCUGAGCCAGCCCGGCCUGCGGGGUGGGUAUGGCGCCUGUGCCCCGCAGAGCGACCGGCGCUCCCCGCGCCAGCAGCCUGGCGACCCGUGGGUCCUUCCUCCAGGCGCUGGCCAGCUCCUGGGCCGCUCGGCCUGGGACGACGGAACCUUCGGGGGGCCCUUGAGGCCCGCGUCCCAGGCUGUAGCUGGCGAGGUGGACGCGCGUGCCCGGGCGCGCACCGCGCUCUACAGUAUCUUCCCGCCCCACGAGGUGGACAGCAUCAUGGCCCUGUUCCCUGAGCUCUCCGAUGUGGCCAGGCUCAUGCUCCUCAUCCAGAGAUUCCAAAGGUCCAGUGCACCCGUGGGGAAGCGCUGA